CCGUUCUUGAGUGUCUGGGGCUUCGCCUUCUCCAACCAUAGAGAGAUAUCAAUCCAACACGUGCAUAAAUGCCUGCCCGAGGGCCACGCUCAAUCCGGAGAGAUCCUGCAUGUGGGACCUGCCGAAGGAAGUGCCGCAAAUGCGACAGGGCAAGGCCAUUCUGCAAUAGGUGCCAAUCGAAAGGCCUCCGGUGCGAUGGCUAUCCUCCGAGAUAUCAGUUCUGCGAGGGCGGAAGAGCCUCGGCAUGAACCUUGUGACGAGGAAGUACACUUAUUUCUUUCGGGCUCGGAUGAGCCUCAACUGGAGCGUCCUAAUGAGCAGUUUAUCACUUCAUCCGUCUCGCCAACAACGGGCGAAUCUGACGUACAGACAGGAAAUAUCCCAGUUCAAAAUGCGGUUUCAGUCGAGCAGAGCUGGGAAGACGAUUACCAGGACAGCCCGCAGGUGCUUCCAACCUCCAGUCCCUCAUUAAAUAUCUCGGACGCCGGCUCUGCGAUUGAUGACAUCCUGAUGGAGGAGGAGACUCAGAUUCUCCUUGUCCACUUUGAGAGUGUCCUCAGCGAGGCGCUUGCAAUAGUGGUUGACGGUGUCGAAAACCCCUUUCGUUCCCACGUUUUACCUCUUGCAUAUCAUCAUGAGGUUGUUCUGCAUGCCUUACUUGGACUAACCGCGUGUCAUAUAUCCCUUUGCGACGGUGGAUCACCGAUGACAACGGCGUCAUUGAAGCAUCGGGCUUCUGCUCUCCAUGGGCUCGUCGCCCUUCUUGCCAAAGAGGAGGCACACCAGCUGAGUAGAAGCGACGAGGAAGCUACAUUCGCCACUGUUCUUCUGCUAGUCUUCCAUGAUAUUUGUGAAUCGGGAAUAUCGUCCCACGGUGCUCAUCUUGAUGGAAUCUCCUUCCUAUGUGCAAGAUUAGCGAAAUCGGAGGAUUUCUCCAGUCGAUCUCCGGCCAUCAUGUUCUUCCUAGCAGCAUUAGCAUGGCUGGACGUGCUGCGUGGGUUUAGCGGUGCCGAGAAGUUGGCGUUCUCUGAGGAUGUCCGCAGCAUCGUUCGGCACCACGGAAGUUCAAGCCUACAUGUUCUGGUUGGAUGUCCUCCCGACAUCUUCUAUCGGAUAGCACAAGUGAUCGACGCCGGCAAAGGCUUCCAGGCGGGAAUUCUAUCAUUGCCUAAUUUCAAGAUCAUCUUACAAGAUGCUGAAAAGUUCUUUCGUGAGUGGGACCGGGAGCAAGCAGUAUAUCCCACUGCGCACGCCCAUUGGAAACCAGUCGCGGAUGCCUUCCGACAUGCGUGUCUCCUACGGGUGCUUCGAUGGCCCGAUACAUUCGCGGUGCGGUGUGAAGACGCCCGGAUACAAGGCUCCGUAGUGGCAAUUCUUGAUGCCUUCGCCAGCGUUUCGACCGUAGCUCCAUUCUACAAGCGCUUGCUGUUCCCCUUGUUCCUCGCCGGCGCGGACACAAGCUCCCCGCACCAGAUACAUUACGUCAAAUAUUGCAUCGAAGAAGUUGAGCGUUCAACUGGAUUCAAGCAUCAGGCCAUGACUGAUGUGCUACAGCGGGUGUGGGAGGAGAGGAAGGCCAAUACACACAGCCAGCCAAACGUCCCAUGGAUGGAAUAUACCUGCUCCUCAACUAUCAAGAAACAGCACGCAUAUUUAUUCUUC